UUCCCCCGCAGCCUCAUCGCUGGGCCCCACCGGCUCUCCCCAUGCCUGUGUGGUGUUGCCGUUGCUCCUUGGCCGGUCACUUCAGAAGUUACAGCAGCCCUGAGACUGAAGGACAGCUUUUGAAUUCUUUCGUCCAGUAUUUUGGUGACAGCCUUGGGAGGAAGAUUAAGAGAAUGCCUUUAAUCGAAGAAACUGUCAUGCCUGGGGACUCUCUCCUUACUCUGCCUGUAGUAAUAAUAGGAAAUGGACCUUCAGGAAUUUGUCUUUCUUACCUGCUUUCUGGAUACAGGCCAUAUUUAUCUCCUGAAGCUAUACACCCAAACCCCAUCCUACACACGAAAUUAGAAGAAGCUCGACAUCUUUCCAUCGUUGAUCAAGAUCUGGAGUACCUGUCUGAAGGCCUUGAAGGACGUUCUUCAAACCCUGUUGCAGUGCUUUUUGAUACAUUGCUUCAUCCUGAUGCUGACUUUGGCUAUGACUACCCACCAGUUCUGCACUGGAAGCUGGAACAGCAUAAUUAUAUACCCCAUAUAGUGCUUGGUAAAGGACCACCUGGUGGGGCUUGGCAUUCCAUGGAAGGCUCUAUGCUAACAAUCAGUUUUGGAGACUGGAUGGAAUUGCCUGGCCUUACCUUCAAGGAGUGGGCAGCCAGCAAACGCAGAAAUAUAAAGAGUGAUCGAGUAACACCAGAAGAAAUAGCUUGUUACUAUAAACACUAUGUUAAAGUCAUGGGCCUCCAAAAGAACUUCAGAGACAACGCUUACAUAACAUCUGUGUCCAGGCUUUACCGAGGGAAGGAGGAUGAAGGCAGAAGUCAGCUAAAUGAAGAUGUGUCAGCACAGCACUUGGAAGCGGAAGGUGGACAGAAAUCAGUGAUCAAGAGAAACUGGGAAAUCAGAGGUUAUCAGCGAGCAACAGAUGGUUCUCAUGUGCCCUUCUGCCUCUUUGCUGAGAACGUGGCUCUUGCCACAGGGACCUUUGAUUCUCCUGCCCGACUGCAGGUUGAAGGAGAAGAUUUCCCUUUUGUGCUUCAUUCCAUGUCCGACUUUGGAGCAGCUAUCAGCAAAGGAAAGUUACGUGGGAAGGCAGACCCUGUGUUAAUUGUGGGCGCUGGACUUACAGCAGCUGACGCAGUGCUGUGCGCCUACAACAACAACAUCCCAGUGAUCCACGUCUUUCGACGCAGAGUUACCGACACGAGCCUCAUUUUCAAACAGCUACCUAAAAAGCUUUACCCUGAAUACCAUAAGGUCUAUCAUAUGAUGUGUACUCAGUCCCACACUGUGGACUCGAAUCUCCAUUCUGCUUACACCAGUUUCCCUGAACACAAUGUACUUUCCUUCAAGCCCGAAAUGAAAUGCGUUCUUCAGAGUGCCUCUGGACUGAAGAAGAUUUUGAAGUUUUCUGUAGCCUUAGUUCUGAUAGGGUCUCACCCAAAUCUUUUCUUUCUAAAGGACCAAGGACACAGCAUAGGUCAUCACUCCAAUCAGCCCAUCACGUGCAAGGGGAAUCCUAUAGAGAUCAACCCAUACACUUACGAGUGCACUAAAGAAGCAAACCUCUUUGCUCUGGGGCCGCUGGUGGGAGACAACUUUGUACGGUUUUUAAAAGGAGGGGCGCUGGGCAUCGCGCGGUGCCUGGCAAUAAGGCAAAAGAAGAAACACGAAUUGAUUGCAAGUGGGGAUGGAGGAGGUGAUGGGGUGCCAUAAAAGGGACGUUAGAAACUUUCACAUACAGACCACAGUCUAACGGAACACUCACUGACAGCAAAAGUUGAUAGCAGUCACGUUUCUGUUGUGUACAGGUAACCUGCGCUUGUGUCGCUUGGUAAAGGAUGCUGAUGCCACAGUACUUUGCCUUUUCAAAACACAAAAAAAUCGAUCUGCUGUUACAAAUGAUCUCUGCUCAGCUGGAAUUAUUUCCUGAGAAACAGAAAAUGAGACUAACUUCUAUUGACCUGCCUGUCAUCUCUUGCUCAGCUCAAAGAGCCGACUUCCGCUGGGAAAAGCAAUGCCUACCAGAGUGGCUUUACAUCUUAGUGUCAAAUGUGACAGAACUUUCUUACCAUGAAAUUAAAAACAACUUCUAAAAGCAGGAAGCUUGCUUAGUGCAAAGCGAUUCUUGAUCCAAAACAAAUUUGGAGCCUAAUGCUUGAAACAGGGAUUUUGUUUAUUUGCCAUAGUACAGUAAGACUUGGAAUGAGCACUUAGUGAGAUGGUUUUUUACUGCAAGAAAAAACUUCUUCUGUAAGGAGGAAGUAUUCCUCAACAAUUAUAAAUGAUCCUAUUUGAUAACUGGAAUGAAAGAGUAAGCAUUCCCAUUUAAUCUUUAACACAUGACUUGACACAAUCCAUUAAUGUUUUUUCACACUAUGCCUAGAGUUGGGUGAGUGCAGAAAGACUAACAUGAGAUGGUCCCCUAAAGUGAUAUGUACACUUCUGAGAAUACUCAUUAACAUAAACAAUAAAAUUCUGAUGUAAGUGCUCUUAUUACAGUGUCACUAUAAUUAAUACUAGUGUACUACUGAAAAAUUAAGUACAUGAGAAAACUCAAGGGUGUUUUUGCUUCCUAGCUCAGGAAGACUGAAUGGGAUCACUUGAAUGAUGAGUGGGUGAUAGUCUCAUCUGCCAUUUGACCAAGGUUUGGCUCUUUAUCUUCUUUUCUAGAGAAGCUUAUAGCACUAAAACUGCUUUAGCCUGCAGUUCUAGAAACUUGGAAAAGGGUUGUGUCUCACAGCCAGCUAAGAAAUAAACAAACCAAACAUGCCAUAAAUCUUAAAGCUUCUUAUGAAAAACAAAGACUUGACUUGUACCUACCUCUGAACUGAACUUUCACCUUUCUGCUCCAUAAAUGCAAGACCUAGAUUUCAUUCGCCAGGUUGUAGAGCAGUUACUUUACCUGCACACACUCUUGAGUUAAUCACCAUAGGAAGGUAAGCAACAGCUAAGUAGAAAUCUUAAUUCUCUUCCAGAACUCUUAAAAGACAAAAUACUUGGUUGUAACUGAUGCAUUACUUAACAUUUUCAUUCAGAUCCAGUGUGAGUGAAUGGCCAUUAUUUAAUUUUUUGUUUGGGGCUUUCCUGUCUCGAGGAGGAUUGUGUUAGCUUAAGGUACUGUGUUUGCAUGAUUCAAUUCUCCACAUGCAAACCUAAACAGAUUUUCAAAAGGAAAUUUGGCUUAGACUUUGUGAAACUGGUAGUCCUUGCUGGUUUCCCAGCUGUCUCUUUCAUAAGUUGUGGAUAGCCUACAUGCAAUAAAUGCCUGUUUCAUGUGCCUGCUGAACUGGGGGAUUCUGUGGCGCCUGCAGGCCUUUAUGCAUCUGAGUAAGUUACUCAGACUGGACACAGAAGCUGAAAAGGUUAAAAUAUGCAGGGACUGAAAUAGCUGUAUUUUCAGGGGAGGGCCAAAGUAAUUUACUAAACGAUGCUACUACUAAUGAUAAACUUUAAUUUAGAGCCAACUUAACAGCAUAAAAUAUUAAUUUCUGUAACCUCUGACUCUGGGCAACCUGAUCUAAUGGAGGAUGCCUCUGCUUAUUGCAGAGUGGGUUGGGCUAGAUGACCUUUGGAGGUCCCUGCCAACCCAAACCAUUUAUGAUUCUAUGAUUGCCUGCGUGGUUGGGUGUAGCCAUGCAUUGUCAAUACUAAUAAUGAUACUUUUUUAUACUGGUAUUUGAGCUGUUUUUCAUUAUGCUGAAUUCUAGGCUUAAUUUUCUUCACAAUUGAGACUCUAUAAUUUGCCUUAUUUUGGCAGAAGCUGUGUAUCUCUAAAUCUUUCCUAAACCUGUGAUACCUAGUGAUUUUAACUUGAGAAUCAGUGUUGUAAGUGCUAAACACUUGGUGGUAGAACUUCAUUGCAGUUAAUGUGUAGGGAAUACAUCUGUGCUGUAAUUCAAUUCUCUCAUCUUUUCGUCAAUAUAAAUGAAUACAACAUAUCAUGGCACAUCACUGGGGUUUUAUUUGUUGUGCGAAACAUUCCCAAUGCCAACGAUGCAAAGGAAGACAUUUACUGAAACAGCUGUUUUGCAGAAAGGAGUGAAAAGCUCUAGACAGCCAAAUCUCUUGCCUCAGCUGCUGCAGUUACUUACAAGCUGUAUGUGUUGUAGUGACUGAUUUUAUUACCCAGGUGGCUUUCAUUGCAGAAUUGCAGCACUUCCAGUUUUAUCUGCUCUUCUUUCAUUAGUCUUGAUGGUAUUUUUGAGGGACUCAUGUGAGCCUCUUUUGUUGGGGAGAGAAAUCUUCUCAGUGGUCAUGUUUAUUAAGCCAAAAUAAUUGUUUUCAACCAAAGCUUUACUAACAGUGAUCCUGUUUCUUCUAGGAGUUGCUAGGUCUGAAGUUUCUUCUUCUAACAGUGAUCCUGUUUCUUGUAGGAGGUGCUAGGUCUGACGUUCCUUCUUCUAACAGUGAUACUGUUUCUUCUAGGAGUUGCUAGGUUUAUGAAUUUAGAGAAAAAUGGUUUCUCUUCUCUUCAGUAUUUUGAGAGAUAAAGAGAUGUAAGAAUUGAAGCUUUACUAACAGUGAUCCUGUUUCUUCUAGGAGUUGCUAGGUUUGAAGGCUAAGGGUUUCUGAAUUUAGAGAAAAAAUGUUUCUCUUCUCUUCAGUAUUUUGAGAGACACAGAGAUGUGAAAAUCGAAGCUUUGCUUUAGGAUAGUUUUACUUAAAGCAUUGUAUCUUGGUGCAUUUAUGAUGAAUUAGAUGUUGGCACUGAAUAAGUGGGGUUUGGGCAAAUUGUUUCUCUGAUUUUAGACAAAAACCCCAGAAGACAGAGCCCCCCCACCCCCUUGAAAAAAAAGCCUAAACAACAAACCACAUCUGAAUUUCCUGUGUGUUGUCAUAGUUCUCAGGAAGGAGACUGUGUGCUUCUUUCAGUGCCAAGCUCCUAAACAUCACUGAUUUAAAAAGGGUACCUGCUACUGAAGCUUUGUUACUAAAAUACAGACAGGACUAAUGCAAUUUUCAGCUAAAGGAGACUGUGUGCUUCUUUCAGUGCCAAGCUCCUAAACAUCACUGAUUUGAAAAGGGUACCUGCUACUGAAGCUUUGUUACUAAAAUACAGACAGGACUAAUGCAAUUUUCAGCUAAAGGAAUUUAAUUUGGAUUUAUAGGAUUUGUGAAAGUAUGUCAACCCAUGCUGUUUAUUUUCUAAUAGGCCAGUGGGGAAAUGUCUCUUAUGCCUGGGUUUGGUUCUUAUUGUUGAAGGUGUCUCCUAGGCAAAUUGUUGCCUAGAUUAUUUUAAGUAGUAUCAAGCUGUUGAACUGAGACUGAUUUGUCAGAGGUUUCCCUAACGAUCAGCCUCCUAUGUGAUUACUGUAACAACAGGUGCUUGGUACCUGACUGGGCAAGAAACAGCACUGGAAACCUUUGUUUUGGUUUCCAGUGAAUGAUUGACUUCUCCUUAAAACAUUUUCCACAGAAGAGUUAAAGCUGAGUUUUACCCUGGGGAGUAAAUGCAGAAAUGCUUUCUGCAAGAGAAAGCAGUGACAAUAACAUCAGCUUCAUCUCUGCCUCAGGACAACGCAUUGCUUUGGGUUAAGGGUGGGAAAGAGAAGAGCUCCUGGGAACUGUGCCUGUGCAUUGAGUAAGGGACACCAACGUGCAUCCCACAGCUGUAAGUCCCUAGCACCCUAGGAGUUGUUGGGGUAUCCUGUUUUCAACCUCUGGCCCAGAGUGUAUAGGCACCUUUUAUUAAAUGAUGAAUUUCAGAGGGCAGUGGUUGCUUAACAAAACACAUUGAUUUUGUAGAAGAAGGUGGCUGUAAGUUUCUUUCCCAUACAGCUCAAGAACUGUGAAAAGAGGACCAGAGCCAGACAUCCAAAGUACAUACUCAAAGCUGAUGGAGGAAAUUAAAUCAGGACCCAAAAUUUAAGGCAGGCCUGACCUGCACAGCCAGUUGAAAGGAAGGAAAGACCGUUUUGAGGCCAACUGCUCUUGAGAGAAAGGGUGUACAAUGUACAUACCUCUAGUGAGUACUCACUAAUAAUAGGCAAUGACCAGUCAGGAAUCACAGGAGAAAGCAGCAAAGCAUCUGUGCAGUAUGAACUCCAAACCCGUGGGUGCUGAAGUGAAUUCUGCUGUCUCGAGAUGUGCAUGAUGGAACUUCAGCACUCUGUGCUGGAGCAGUUAGUCUAACACAUUGCCAUAGACUUUUAACUGGCUACUAACUGAAUUUACACUGAGAUGCAAGGCCUGUGUAUGGACUAGAAUCAAUUGUGUUUGCUCUAGAAGUCACAGGACUGGAUCAGUAAGGUGGUGUGCCAGGAGAUGGGACUUGGUUGCUCUGGUACCAUGUUUUUUGCUCCCAUUAAAACAAGCAGGUACCUUCAUCUAAUUGUGGAAUCUAUGCUGGCUCCUGCACAUUUCUAAACAGCAAGAGGUGGCAUACCUAUGCCUUAAAGGUGACUGAUUGUUCUGUUUUAUUAUCAUCCCUAUAGUAAUGAUUUAAUUCAAAGGAGUUAUGGAACAAAAAAAAAAAAAAGCUGAGGUUUAUUCUACUGUUUAAUAUUUUAGAAUAUUUAGAUGUUAGGUCACACCCAUGCUACACCUGGACUUGGAGAAGCUAUGUUAAGUUCAUUUCCAUGUGUCAUGCCUCAGUUUUCUGCUUUUGCUGGAGGAUGCUGGGGUCAUAACCUGUUUUCAGAGAUGAGCAGAGUAAACGUGUACAGAACAUGUGCUGUCAGCUGAGCUGCAUCCUGAGCUGCAAGCAACUUGUGAGUAAAACCUCAGUUCUGAUGAGAUGAUAAACCUGUCUGAGGCUUGCAUGCUAAGCUUGUUUCUGGUCUUCAUGUGUGAAAACUGACAGGGGAUGGUAAAACAGAUUCAUCUUGAAGACAAUUAUUUUGCUUUGGAGAAAUAGGAAAAAACAAACUGGAGUAAGAAGUAUUUAGGGAUCUGCCCAGAAAGAGGGAAAAGGUGCUCUUUUGCCUGGAUCUGGUGCUGUAGCCAAUGUGUCAGAGAAGCUGGGGCAGAAUGGUAUGGGCAAAGUGAACUUGGUGGGGAGAUGUGACUUUGUUUAGCAGUUUUAUAACUGUCUCAAUUGAAUGUGGUGAUGGUGGUGGUGAUCAAAACAUUGUAAGAGGAAAGUAAGGAAUAAUGGUAAGGAAGGCAGUUCAGGAUUUGGCUUAAGUUCUAAGAAGAUACCAGAACACAAUCAGAAUUUGUGAAUCAAACCAAAUGUGACUGAGGACAGAUGUAUGAACUGGGACAAAGCAAGUGAAUGGACAGUUUUAUGAAAGGGUGGGAAAAGACAGGGCAAGACUAAGGACUGAGAAAUGACCUGUACAAAUGGACUGGGAAUAGGGCAGCUGGGAGGGUUUGGAGGUAAAUCUUUAGCAGAGGCAUCAGCUACUGCCUCAGUUAUGAACUGAUGUUUGAUAUUAAACACAUGGAAUAGAGCCUCUCAGACACAUCAGGAAUGGAGGUUGACAGAGGAAAUGGAAGCUGCCUGCAAACCCACAUUGAGCACACAGGGACUGGUGCAGUGACAAAGGAGAGGCCAGGCCUGCUGGACCACACUGUGCUGGUCUUAAAGAAGAUGGAAAGCAAGGGUAGGACAAAAAGGGACAGACUCACAGACGUGAAUGGACAGAAACAGAAAACAAACUUCAACAGCGAGACUAUCUUGGUAGUGUUGCCAAAAAAGGCAGUGGCUUCCCCAGCAGAUACAGGCAAGACAGGCAGGCAGCUGAAACUGCUGCGGGCUAAACUGAAACAAAGCACAUUGUUGCUGCAGGGAUACAGAACCCAUCCUCUUUUAGUGACGCAUGGAGUAAUUCAGUCUGCUUUAAACUGUUCAGCUAAGCUGACGAGUGCAAGAUUGUAUUUUAAAAGCCUUGCUAAUAAAACCUAUAUUUAGUUUA